AUGGCGCCGCUUCCCAACGCUCAGCAAGCCUCGCAGCAGGCUGCCCGAGCUGCUGACCGCGCUCAGGUCACCGCCAACAACACGGCCAACAAGCUGUCCAAGUGGGUCGAGGAGAACCGAACUCUCGUCAUCGCGCUGGCUACCGGCACUCUCGCACUCGGAGGCUACUAUCUAUACUCUCGAUCCUCGUCCAAGGCCAAGGCCAAGGGCACCGCCAGCGACAGCGACGACGAGGAGAAGGCAGGCUCCGCCGGUGGCGCCGCAUCCGCCUCGGCCAGCAAGAAGAAGAAGAAGAAGGGCACCAAGAAGAAGGCCGGUCCUGCGGCCGGCGGCUCCUCCUCGACCGAUGCAUCCGCACAGCGCUCGGACGGCCUGCCAUCCGACCCUUCCGGACCGCUGCUCGACGAGGCCACCGACGACCAGCUCGCCGAGCUGCCCGAGUCCGAGAUCCUGAAGCUGCCCCAGGAGAAGCGCGAGAAGCUGUCGCAGCACCUCAAGACGCUCGGCAACAAGGCCUACGCCAACCGCCAGUUUGAGAAGGCCAUCGCACACUACACCAAGGCGAUCGCCGCGCAUCCCAUGGCGGUCUUCUACUCGAACCGUGCCGCCUGCUACUCGAACCUCGGCAAGCCCGAGCAGGUGGUGGCCGACUGCGACGAGGCGCUCAAGAUGGACAAGGUGUACGUCAAGGCGCUCAACCGACGAGCCGUGGCCAAGGAGCAGCUGGGCAACCCCACCGAGGGCCAGGAUGGCGUGGGUGAGGACAAGGCCAAGCUGCUGUUCGACUCGCUCGCCGACUUCACCGCCGUCGCCAUCCUGGGCCAGUUCAAGGACCAGACGGCCACCGAGAGCGUCGAGCGCGUGCUGCGCAAGCUCGCAACGGGCAAGGCGCAGGACAUCCUCAAGAGCCGCGAGCCGAAGCUGCCUUCGCCCACCUUUGUCACAGCCUACCUCGAGGCGUUCCGCGCCAAGGCGAAGCCCGAGCUGCCCGAGCAGCCGAGCCAGGGCGACGAGACUCUGCUCAAGGCGUACGGCGCGUUGGAAGCCAAAAGCUACCCGCACGCCUUCACGCUCUUCAACGAGGCGAUCGAGCAGGGCCUGAGCAACGAGGAUCUGGAGGCCAACGCCUACAACAUGCGCGGCACGUUCAAGUUUGUCAUUGGCAACGCCAAGGAGGCGCUGGCGGAUCUGGAGCGCAGCACGACGCUGCGACCCAAGUACGUGCAGUCGUGGGUGAAGAAGGCGUCCGUGCACAUGGAGCUGUCAGACAAGGAGGCGGCGUUCAAGGACUUUGACAGGGCGAUCGAGGCCGACGCCGAGGACCCGGACAUCUACUACCACCGCGGCCAGGUCAACUUUAUCCUCGGCGAGUUCGACGCGGCGAUCAAGGACUACGAAAAGUCGACGUCGCUCGACGACACGUUCAUCUUUUCGCAGGUGCAGUAUGCGGUGGCGCACUACAAGAACGGCAACAUCGGCCACUCGACGGCGGCGUUCCGCAAGCUGCUGCGCAACUUUGACACGUCGUCCGAGGCGUACAACUACUACGGCGAGCUGCUGCUCGACCAGCAGAAGUUCGAGGAGGCCAUGGAGAAGUUUGACAAGGCCAUCGAGAUCGAAGGCGCCAAGCAGGGCUCGACCAACGUGCUGCCGAUGAUCAACAAGGCGCUGGCGUUGUUCCAGUGGAAACAGGACAUCACUGCGGCCGAGGAGCUGUGUCGCCAGGCGCUGGACAAGGACGAGGACUGCGACGUGGCGGUGGCUACGCUGGCGCAGCUCAGCCUGCAGCAGGGCAAGAUCCAGGAUGCCAUCGAGUACUUUGAGCGAUCCGCCAAGAUUGCACGCACCGAGCCCGAGCUCAUCAAUGCGCUCACGUACGAGAAUGCGUCGAGGGCGCAGCUCAAGUUCAUCCAGGAGUUCCCCGAGCAGGGCGCGGCGCUCGGUCAGAUGGCUGGAAUGCUCUAG